CCAUCAGGCUUCUUCCGACCCGGCUCGUCUGGAACAGGAUUGAAUGGGAAAGAGCGGGGCCGUCUUUGUCAUUCAUCCUCCCCUCCCUGGGCAGGCCAAGCUUCUUCCGGGUCAGCGACAGUGGCCGCUACCCCAACCGGGCCCGCGGUCCCCCUACACCGAGAGUCCCUGGGCGCGCUAGGGCCGGGCUGCCGCGGCGGGCAGGUUGCGGGCAAGAAGGAGGGCGGGGAGGAGGGCGGGCGGCGCGCGAGUGGGGGAGGGAGGAGAGCCCGGGCGGGCGCUCGGAGCCGCGGGAGGAGCCGAGAGCAGCCUCCGGCAGCUGGCGAGGAGAAUGGGAGUGCGGGGCCACCGGCUGCCGCGGGGUGUCACGGCUGCGGCCGAGCCUGGGAGGCGCAGAGUCCGCGCCCACCGCUUUUAAAGCCAGAAGGGCGCGGCGGCAGCGGCGGGUGGAUCGCGGCGCGCGCUGAGCGCUCGGGCGGCGGCCGAAUGGAGAGGAAGGGCUCGGCGGCCGGGGCUAAGGGGAACCCGAGUCCGCCCGUGGCCGGAGACGGGCAGAGGCCCCCGCCGCCGCUGUGCGCCCCGGGGGGCUGCGGCGGAGGGGCCCCAGCGCGGGGCCAGUCUGGGGCGGCGGCCGAGCCGGCCGAGCUCAUCCGGCGCGCGCACGAGUUCAAGAGCCAAGGGGCGCAGUGCUACAAGGACAAGAAAUUCCGCGAAGCCAUCGGCAAAUACCACCGGGCAUUGCUGGAGCUGAAAGGGCUGCUGCCGCCCCCCGGGGAACGAGAGCGGGACUCGCGCACGGCAUCUCCGGCCGGGAUCCCCAAGUCCUGCCGCCUGUCAGAGGAGCAGAGCAAGACGGUGGAGGCCAUCGAGGUCGACUGCUACAACAGCCUAGCAGCCUGCCUGCUCCAGGCUGAACUGGUAAACUAUGAGCGAGUCAAGGAGUAUUGCCUCAAGGUCCUGAAGAAGGAAGGCGAGAACUUCAAGGCCCUGUACCGGUCUGGUGUGGCGUUCUACCACCUUGGAGAUUAUGACAAAGCACUCUACUACCUGAGAGAAGCGAGGACCAGACAGCCAACAGACACCAAUGUGAUUCGGUAUAUCCAGCUGACGGAGAUGAAGCUCAGCAGGUGCUCCCAGAGAGAGAAAGAAGCCAUGUAACCAGGAGCCUUCUCCAGAGCUGUGCCCACGUGUGACCAGGGACAUCCAGGCACCAUUUGUGGAGAGC